GUUCUUUCUUCCCCCUACGAGUUAUUGUUCUGCGAGCCAAACUUUCCCAGAUCACCAACUCUUCCUGAAGAAACACGGCCCAUCCUGACGCGUACCUGAAUUGUUUAUCGCUUUUUGCGCCGCGAAACGCCAUGGCUUUGAGCCUCCUCACUGGGGCUUUGGCCUUGCGCCCAGCGUCUCAGACUGCCUUGGCCGCACCCCCUGAAACGCCACCUGGCGGGCUUGUGGAGAAUGCCCAGUACCAGCAGGUAUUGGCAGUAGCAGCUUCACAGGAGCAGAGACUCUGCAAGUUUGGACAACUUCGGAAGCGACCGGGCUAUGACCUCAGCGACCCCUUUGUGGUGGCCACGUCGGAGUCCGACUGGAGCGAUCGAAAGCCACAAAGCAGGAAGUUGGAGUUUGCCGCACUGUCUGUUGCUGGCAUUCCGUGCCAGGUGGUGGGUGAAGCGACUGUGGUGGCCUUUCUGAAACAGAUCAAGGUUGGCAAGGAGCUCCGAUGUGAGGUUCGCUUACCCAACGGCCAAGUGCGAGACUAUCCGCGCAGCGAGCUGCUGCCGUUGCCCACCCGUCGUCCCCUACAGGGGGAUUGGGCCUUGGCAGUGGGCUUGACUGGCAAUCUUGCACACUUCAAUGGUUUUCGUUGCAUUUGUGGCAUUAGCGCGACCUUGUGCAAGGAGCAAGGCUUUUGGGUGAUGUUCGAGCCCAAAGCAGAACUCACACCACCACCCUUGGAACUUUUGCCGCUGUCCAACCUGGUCUCAUUGGCCUUGCCACCCUCAGCCACACGGACACCGUGGGAGGCACGCGCUGUGUCCCUCCCCAGCGUGGGAGAGCUGGUGGACGAAGCCGCGCUGACAGCGGCGCGCGGCAUCGACGCACCCCUAGCCUUGGAAGACGGUGAGGACGACGACAAGAGCGAAGCCUUGACAGAGGACGAGGAGGAGCCGAUAGAAGAGGGAGACCUGGUGAAGGUGGCGCCCAACGAUCUACUUGGCAUCGUGAAGUCCAUCACUGGAAAGUUGGCCAAGGUGCAGAUGUUGGCAUUGCGUACCAAAGACCAAGAGGUGGCGCCCAGUUUGGAAACCUAUCCCUUGGCAUUGUUGGCGAAGAGCUCUGAGGAGGAGGUGACGGAGGUGUCUACCUGCAACCAAUGUGGGGAGGCGCUGCUUAGGAGCUGCUGAUUUGCGAGAACUUUUGCAAGUCAUGCGCCAGCACCAUCCACAUUAAGUGCUUGAGCCCACCUUUAGAACAGGUGCCCAGCGAGGAUUGGUUCUGCCCGCUGUGCACGCACCGUGAGAAGCGAAAAGCACCGAAGGCCAAGGCGAAGGCUAAGGCCAAGACAGUGCCCAAGGCCAAAGAGAAGGCCAAAGCAAAGGCCAAGGCAACCAUUGCCAAAGGCCGGAAAAGCUGAGAAAGUUUAGAGGCGUGCGCCGCCCACAGAGCCAGCUGUGCGGAAAAGUGCGGACGGGGGGCGCUCACUCCACCCUUACAAGGCGAAUGUCCAGCCGGACGCUGACACCAGACAAGUGGGCUGAGCGUUACCACAGCGCGACCAGAGAUUCUCCAUGACCCACAGUGCGCGAAUGGGUGC